CACCCAGAUAUUUCAUUUUAUUUUUGGCACAAGUUUACCAAAAACUACUUCCAAACAGAAAUCGUCCAUGGCGUUAGUGAUCGAUGGCGGCGGCGGCGGCCUGAAAAGACGGCACAGGUGAACCCUCCUCAUGUUUAUUCUCAGUUUACCUUUAGGCGAGGUAUGAAAAUAGGCCCCGGUAGAUGUCUAACGUGGUGGUCGUCGAUAACGGCGGCGGCCUCAUAAAAGCCGGGUUCGGCGGCGAACGCGACCCGACGUGCGUAGUUCCCAACUGCACUGCUCGUCCCCUUUCCUCUAAGAAAUGGCUUAUCGCCGACCAACUCCUCUCCCCCACCGAAGACCUCACUUCCGCCACUCUCCGCCGCCCAAUCGACCGUGGCCAUCUCAUCAAUCCUGACCUCCAAUCGUCGAUUUGGGCCCACCUUUUCACCACGCUUCUCAAAAUCCAUCCGCCCAGCACCUCGCUUCUCCUCACGGAGCCCCUCCUGACCCUCCCCUCCAUCCAGCGCUCGGUCGAUGAAAUCAUCUUCGAGGACUUCAAUUUCAAGGCCCUUUUUGUGGCGGACUCGCCGUCUCUGGUGCAUCUGUACGAAGCCUCUCGGAGGCCUUCUGGCUUGGUUUCCAAGGCCCAAUGUAGCUUGGUGGUCGACUGCGGUUUCAGCUUCACGCACGCUGCGCCGGUUUUCCAGAAUUUCACAUUGAAUUAUGGAGUGAAGAGGAUGGAUCUCGGGGGGAAGGCGCUGACUAAUUAUCUCAAGGAGUUGGUUAGUUACAGGAGUGUGAAUGUGAUGGAUGAAAGCUUCAUAAUCGAUGAUGCCAAGGAGAAGCUUUGCUUUGUUUCUCUUGAUAUGCAAAGGGACCUCAAGAUUGCAAGGAAACCUGGAAAUGACAAUUUAUUUAGGUGUACUUACAUACUUCCCGAUGGUGUGACUUACAUGAAGGGUUUUGUGAAAGAUGCCAAUGAAUCAAAUCGAUACUUAGCAUUAGAUGAAGUUGGUGAUUCCUCCACUGCCACAGAAAAGGAUCAGAUGAAGCAGAAGGGCACAAGUGACAAGCCCCAGGACUCCAGAAACAUUGACCUAACAAAAAAUGAAGUUUCCUUGACAAAUGAGAGGUUCCUUGUUCCUGAGAUGUUAUUUCGACCGGGUGACUUAGGAAUGAACCAGGCAGGACUUGCAGAGUGCAUUGUUCGUGCUGUUGAAUCAUGUCAUCCUCAUCUGCAUCCUGUGCUCUAUGAAAGUAUUAUUUUGACAGGUGGAAGCACGUUGUUUCCUCAUUUUGCUCAAAGACUAGAAAGAGAGCUUCGACCGCUUGUCCCUGAUGAAUACCAAGUGAAGCUAACAUCUCAAGAAGAUCCAAUAUUGGGCAUUUGGCGCGGGGGAUCACUUCUAGCAUCUAGCCCUGAUUUUGAAGCAAUGUGUGUCACUAAGGCCGAGUACGAAGAGAUGGGAUCUGCCCGAUGUCGAAAACGAUUUUUUCACUAGAAUAUAGAGAACUCUUGUUUAGGCUAUGGCGGGUCUUUUUCUUUUCUCUCACAUGCAGAGAGACAUCAUAAAAACACACAGUACAAACAUACCCUCAAUUAUUCUCUCUAACAUCUGGAGUUGGUUGAAUAUCAUUUUUUUUUUUAACGCAAAUUUGGGUUAAU